CUGUUGAGCUUACAGGAUUGCUUUGUACAGGGGUGGUCGGUCUGAUAACGAGAAGCACUGGAGGGAAGUUGCAGUCAUUUCAGGAAAAGCCCCACUUUUCACUGUUUCACCACUGGAUCCGUAAUUCACAUUGGUAUUGGAUUAAUCGGAAACCCCUCUUUCUAAGUUUUUGUUUUUGAUUUGCUUUAGAAGACAUACAAAACUCGCAGCGAUGGGAUCCCAGGCAUCCAAGGGAGAUGUAGCUGCAGAGGCAAACGCUUCUGCCCCUGAUGCUUCAGCUGUCAAAACCAAUGGACAGGAGAAUGGCCACGUGAAAACCAAUGGGGAUGUUUCUACUAAACCUGAUGGGAAUGCUGCUGGGACCAAUGGCUCAGCUGAGGCAGCCCAGGAGCAUGAAGCCGGCGCAGGAGGUGAUACUAUUGAGCUGGCACCCCCUGCAGAUGGAGAGACAGCCAAACCAGAAGGAGAGGCUGAAGCUAAAGAGACACCUAAGAAAAAGAAGUUCUCUCUGAAGAAGACCUUCAACUUCAAACUGAACCUGAAGAAGAGCAAAAAGAGCGAGGCCGUAAAAGAGGAUGCUGUAGCAGCCACCACACCCACUGAGGAGAAGCCGGCAGAGAACGGUGCUGCUGCAGAGGAGAAAAAGGAGGAAUUAAAGGAGGAGGCUGCUGCUGCUGCCACCGAGGCUCCAAAGGCAGAGGAGGGACCGGCUAAAGAGGGUGCCCCUAAGGAGGAGGUAAAGGAGGCAGUGGCUCCAGCCCCCGAGGCCACGCAACCAACAGAGGAGAGCAGCUUGACCCCCUCUCCCUCUGAAAAGAAAGAGUGAUCCACCUUUAUCUCACAGUGAACUGGAUGAACUGUUUUUCAAAGUAGAGAAAAUUUAAGAGUAUAUAUAUAUAUGUGUAUAUAUAUAUGUGUAUAUGUAUACAUAUGUAUAUGGAUAUAUGUAUAUGUAAAUAUGUACACGUGUGUGAGAGACUUUGAGGUGCCACUUUUCGUCAUGAUAACAAGACGACAGACUACAUUCACUAGAUCACUGCUCAACAUCUUGACCUGGAAUGAGUUUUAGGCUGUGGGUUAUGUUGCUUCAAACGGAUAUUAAUGGUUAGAGUGCAGGCUAAUAACACCGUGAAGUAUAGAAGGAAGAAGAUGGAUGGAGAGAAUGAAGUCCAGUCUUCUUCCAUCUAAAAGUCUACAGACCAAGAUGCCACCUUCUUGAAGGAAUGAAGCGAGAUAAGAAACUAGGACACCAUAGCCACUUAAAAUGUCUUUUGAAUAGGUGGGGAGGGAGGGGGGGGGGUUAAUAGAGACUUACCAACUUUAUACAUUCCUAUAUUUUAAGCCAAAUUUGAAAUAUUUUGCGAUGUAUUACAGAGGACCAUCUUCCAGAUUCAGAGAAGCUAUUACUUGUUUGUUAAGAAAAAAAAGAAAAGAUCAUCUUGAUUUUCACCUUACUAUGAAAUAAGAACACCUAAGCUUAUUUUCACUGUUGCAGUUUGUUAUGAAACAGACUUGUUGGUUUCGUGUAAGUCUGAAUCUGUUUGUCUCUGUAAAUAUAUUGGAUUGAUUUCUGUUCUUUCUUUUGAUAAUGUUGACAGAUGUUUCUGGUUUUAUUGUAAAGUUCAUAAUGUUAAAUAAAUGUUGGUUACCUGCCA